AUGAAGAGCGAACUUCGCGGCAACAUCUGCGCACAGCAGUUAGCAGACGUGCUCCCCGUCGGCGUGGUGAUCGUCAACCCGCACGACCAGAUUAUCUUUUCCAACCGACGCUUCCAUGAGCUUACAACGAGCCACCAACCAAUAGGACUGGACUGCCUCUCGCAGUCGGUCCACGUAGACGAUUACGAGCAUAUAGCCCAGGCAUAUGUUGCCGCGGUACAAACGAAGAAGGCGACCCGGAAAGAAUACCGGGCAAUGGGGGAAGCGGAGGAAUGGCGAGGGCUGUCGCUGACACCACUGAACGACGAUGAUUUGCAGCAGUUUGGGCUAAACGGUGACGGCGGUCUUAUUUGUGUGAUUAGCGAUAUCACACCGGAGAAGACAGCAGAGCUGUUGCAGCGGAAGAUUGCGAAUGAUGCGAAAGAGCGGAAGCAGCAACAGGAACGCUUUAUAGAUAUGAUCAGCCAUGAAGUGCGCAAUCCGCUCUCUGCCAUCCUGCAUUGUGCGGAGGAUAUUAUGGAUAUUGUGCAGGAUGGAGCGCAGGAUGACGAGAAGGAGAAGAUGGCAAAGAUUGCCGAAGCCGCGGAGACGAUAAAUCUCUGCGUUGCACACCAAAAAAAAAUCAUCGACGAUGUGUUGGUCUACUCCAAGCUGGAUGCGUCGAUGCUGAUGCUAGCCCCACAAGAAGUCCAGCCAAAGUCGCAUUUAGCAACGCUGCUAAGCAUAUUUCGCCCUGAGCUGCGCAAGCAGCAGAUCGAAUUUGAGUACCUUCUUGACACGUCUUACGCAGAUUGUGACCUCGACUGGGUCAUCGCCGAUCUCAACAAGAUGGGCCAGGUAUUGGUCAAUCUUGUCUCUAACGCUAUAAAAUUCACUGCCGAAUCCCAAAGUAAGAGGAAUAUUCGGGUCUCCAUGGGGGCUGCGAAAGUCCGACCGCCGUCAUACCCACCAAACGUCGUCUUUUUCGAGCCGAACGAAGCUGCGUUGAAGCUUGAUUCCACCGGAGGUCCUGAAUGGGGCCAUGGCCAGACUGUGUAUAUUAUGGUCGCUGUGAAGGACAACGGGAUCGGAAUAAGUGAUGACCAUCAGAAGCUGCUAUUUGAGCGCUUCAAGCAAGCUACCCCACGCACAGACAGGGUGUAUGGGGGCUACGGCCUGGGCCUUAAUAUCAGCCGCAGACUAUGCCACAUGCAUGGAGGAGAGAUUGGCGUCAGCUCCAAGGAAGGCGAAGGAAGCACAUUUGGAUUUUUCUUCACUGUUCGACGGUGUCCCGAUACAGCUAAAACCAAGGAGGACAGAGAGUCUCCUAUUGACAAACUGUGCCAUCAGGUUCGGGAGCUCGACAGUAAAAUUCCGGACAUCAAAAGAGACACCUCCAUGGCAAAUUUUUCUGAAGAACCGCCGAUAAAGCACGUCGAUGAGGUCGCAGUCAACACUGAGAGUGACGACCGAAGAGAGCACUCAGCAAAGCUGUCAGAAGCCGCUAUACGAGAUGACAGCCAGCCAAUAUAUCGGUGUAGGUCGAACAUCGACGAAUUUACGCCCAAACAAGAGCCCAAGGCCAUAACAGACAUGUCUAAAUUGGAGGAGCCACACCGCAUCCUAUUUGUCGAGGACAACAUCAUCAACCAGCGGGUUCUUGCGCGCAAGCUUCAGAUAGCGGGAUUUGAGGUCACCACGGCCAACAAUGGGCAGGAAGCCCUUGACAGGUGGAAGCACGACUCAUUUGACUGCAUUCUCAUGGACCAGGAAAUGCCUGUUAUGGACGGAAGUUCAGCGGUGCGAGAGAUUCGGGCACUGGAAAAGGACAAGGGAACGCAUACCCCCAUAUUAGGGGUGACUGCCAAUGUGCGACAGAACCAGCAGGCAGACAUGCUGAAUGCGGGCAUGGAUGGGGUUGUACAGAAGCCGUACAAGAUGCAGGAUUUAUGUGACAAGAUCCGUCAUUCGAUUGCCGCAAGAGUAGGUGAAGGACACUAG